GAGUCGCUAGAUCGUACUCGCGAGGAGUAUCGGAAAAAGGUGGAGAAGGACGAGGAGGAGUUGUCUAUAGUCCUUAGUCGUCUUAUGCGGAAUAAGAAAAUUCUGAAGCAGGCGGAUGAGCGAGCGAAGAUGAAGGCCGCGUGCCUUAAGUCGGAGAUGGAAGCUGCGGGAGAGUUAGGCGACGAGGACUGUCCUGCAGCCGAUGCUACAGUAGGGUUGUCGCCGGCCGUGUGGUCCUCGCUUGACUUCGUCAACAACGCGAUUGACUUCUCUAGUCCUAAAACUGUCGCAGGAGGUCCUAGCAAUUCUUAA